CUUUAUUAUUCGGUCCCACUAACCCACAGAUUGAUGUCAUGACUCUUUUAUCUUCUCCAUUAUUGAUGUCUUCCACAUGCUUCUCAGUAAAGUGCUCCAAUUCUCACAUCAUUCUUUUAUAAAUGUCACUUGUUAACCAUCGUCGACUGCUAUCCUUCUUCCACAUUCCGUCCUUGUACCAAAAGCUAAAGCUGUCGACCACAUGCUUUCCUUUACAAUUUUGUGUCUCUUCCAUAGAUGAUCCCGUUGUAUUCCACAUGCUUUACUUGAUGAAAUGGGUCCACCUAUCACCGGAUUCCAGGUCUCUUCCACUGAGUUUCAGACACAAAUCACAAACUAGUUCUCUUCUUAUAACUAUGAUUUAUAGAUCUCGAUGUCUUUCCUUUCAAGUUCAACCAUCUUUCCCUCAAAAUAGCCUUCAUGCCUUGACUAUAUUAUAUAAUCACUUGAAACACACAGAAACAUCUUAAGACAAACUUCAUCUAGAACCAUUAAUCUUAUUAAGAAUAUUACUCUUUUAGAGAAUAUUGUUCAAUACAAAUCGAGGAUCACAAUUUCAUCCUUUGUCUUCCACAUGCUUCUCACUACCAGGUGCUCCACUUCUCACGUUAUUCCAUACUUUUCCUUUAUAAAUGUCACUUCUUAUCAUCGCCGACUCCAUUUUCCUUGUACCAGAAGGUAAAGCCCUUGUUCACAUGCUUUCCUUCACAAUUCCACGAUUCUUCCACAAAUGAUCCUCCGUAUUCCACACGCUUCCCUUGAUGAAAUGGAUACACCCUAUGUCUCAAAGAGCAAACCCUAAAUGCUUAUCUUCUUAUUUUCCUCCCCUGCUUCGAACUCUUCUCUUACUCAAACUUAGUUCUUAGCUCUUGCCCUCGCUCAAUAACCGAGCCUUCUUCCAGCCUGUUUUCAUUGAUUUUUUAUCACCGCUCCUCUGUGUUCAAUUAAAUCUAUUCCCAUGGCGUCUAGUUCUACCUCUUCUGGUCAAACAGAGAGGGAGCCUGCAAACAGUUAUACCACUGGCCGUAUCCCAGAGAAUGAGAGUAUGGGUGCUUUUAAUGAAAUUGCACCAUCUGCAUCUACGUCCUCAACACUCAUCCGAAAGCCGUCUUACGAUGUAUUCAUCAAUCAUCGCAGACCAGAUGUCAAAAAAACCUUGGCCACCAGGAUCUAUAAUGUCCUCGGCAACAUGGGGGUGACAGUUUUUUUAGAUUCAAAGGAAUUGGAAUACGGCGAUUUCUUGCCAGCAACAUUAGAAGCAGUAAUCCGCAGUGCUACACUUCAUCUAGCAAUUUUGUCAAAGAACUAUGCAGAAUCACCUUGGUGUCUGGCAGAGCUCUCGUAUAUGCUUAAAAGUGGCGCCAAGAUAGUUCCCAUCUUCUACUAUGUAGAUACUACUGAUCUCAGAUAUAUAGGUGAAAAGAAAGGAAUGUAUGUUGGUGCCUUUGACAAGCAUGAAGAGAAACGUCGAUAUAGCCGAGAAAAGCUUCAGGAGUGGAAAGAUGCACUCUACAAAGUUUCAUUUUACAGUGGUGAAAUUGUCAAAAACAAAGCUGAUGAGAGGAGGCUGUUGAAGAAUAUUGUGAAUAUUGUACUGAAAGAAAGGCGCAAUGUGCCAUUAGUAGUUGCAAAACAUCCGGUAGGUCUCCAUGAAACAGUAGAAGACUUUGAAAAUAAAUUUGCUGAGUGUGAUCAGGAUGUACAGAUUGUGGGUAUUAGGGGGAUGGGUGGUUCGGGUAAGACCACACUUGCCAAAGAAUUGUACAAUAAAAAACGAUCAUCCAUGGAGAGAUCCAGCUUUAUUUUUGACAUUAGAGAAGCCAAAGAGGUGUUACUAAAAAAACAGAUUGAAGUCCUCAAAGACCUUGGUGGGAAUGAAACAUUUGACAAUGUAGAGCAAGGUAAGGAAAUUCUAACAAGGCAUUUGAAAUCUUUUAGGGUGCUCAUUGUUAUGGAUGAUGUGGAUCAUGCCGAUCAAUUGGAUGCUCUCUUACCUGCAAAAGACAGCCUUCCAAGUGGUAGUAUCAUCAUUGUUACAACACGGGAGCGUGAAGUUCUUACAUCCUGGGACAUAUCCUCGGUAUAUAAAAUGAGAACAUUAGAUCCAUUUAAUGCUACACAACUAUUUUGUUGGCAUGCUUUUCUACAAGCUUUGCCCCUUGAUGGAUUUGAGGAACUUGUUGAAAAGUUUGUAGAGGCUUGCAAUGGAUUGCCCCUGUCUCUCAAGGUAUUUGGAGGGCAAUUAUAUGGAAAGUGCCACAAAAAAUAUUGGGAGUUUCUAUUUCAUAAGGUCUCUAGAUUAUUGCCUAAUGAUAUCAAAAAGAAACUCAGAUUAAGCUAUGAUGGUCUUGACCAUGAAGAGAAAGAGGCAUUCCUUGAUAUUGCCUGUUUCUUUAUUGGUAAAGAGCACAAUUUGGCUAUUGAAGUCUGGGAUGGAUCGGGUUGGAGUGGUUUGCACAUCUGGGAAAGGCUUUUCAAUAAGUGUUUGGUUGAGCUUGACAGUGAUAAUUACAUAAGAAUGCAUGACCACUUAAGAGAUCUUGGAUGGGAAAUAGCAAAGCAGCAUCAGCCCUACCGGCUUUGGUUGCCCCAACAGAUUAUUAAUUUUGACAAACAAACAAAGAAAAGAAGUGGAAUUCGAGGAAUUAAGGCCGCCUCAAGUGGAAUAAAAGAGCAGUUGUUUUACGUAGAGGAACACAAACCUGAUUUAAGCAGAAAAUUUUUGUCGCUCACACCCUAUUUAGUAGGACUAAACCUUUUAGAGAUUGAAGGAGAUUGUUUUAGUCAAAUAAUCCAUGAAAUAUCAAGAAAUCUGGUCUGGCUUCACUGGUCCAAUAUUGGGCAGAGAAAUCUUCCGGCGCAUCUUUCAUUGGAAUCUUUGCGGGUUUUACAUCUUGACGAAAUAUCACAUCACUUAGAAGAGUUGUGGGAGGCUGAGAGUGACGCCCCCCUACAGUUAAGAUAGAAAUCACAGGUAGCAGCAAAGUUAGGAGUCUGCCAGAAGAAAUUUGCCAUCUGCAAUUGCUGGAGCAUCUCACAUUAGCGGGUUGUGCAAAGCUAUCAUCACUACCAAAUAGUUUCGGCGAUUUGGCAAAUCUGCAAUAUCUAGAUUUGUCUAGUUUCAUUUCUCAUUUUGAGUAUGCACUUCAUUUAAACUG